CUUCGUUCGCGGAGCGUGGUACCCCGGGGAUAGUGACCACCGUCAGUGAUGGUGAUGGCCAGCGGCGGUGGCGGGCUGGUGCAGUCCCCGCCCGACAUGUUGCACCAUCACACCAUCAUGGAUACCUCGUCGCACGUAGAAAUGAUGCCCAAAAAACUCCGCCUAUCAUUAUGCGUGGGCUGCGGGGGUCAGAUCCACGACCAGUACAUCCUGAGGGUCGCUCCGGACCUGGAGUGGCACGCCGCCUGCCUCAAGUGCCAGGAGUGCAGGCAGUUCCUGGACGAGUCUUGCACGUGCUUCGUCAGGGACGGGAAGACGUAUUGCAAGAGGGAUUAUACUAGGUUAUUUGGUACGAAGUGCGACAAAUGCGGCGCUUCGUUUAGUAAAAACGACUUCGUGAUGCGAGCGAAAACGAAGAUUUAUCACAUCGACUGCUUCAGAUGCUGCGCGUGCGCGAGGCAGCUCAUACCUGGCGACGAGUUCGCGUUAAGGGAAGGCGGCGCUUUAUAUUGUAGAGAAGACCACGAUGUUCUAGAAAAAACUGCGAACACGAGUAGCAACAGCGGCAACGCGGAGAGCAACAACAACACAACGCUUAGCAACAAUAAUUCACACCAUCCCCACGAGCUGGGCUCCAUGUCAGAUUCGGGCAGUGAGUCAGGUUCGCAUAAGAGUGGUCGAGCGCGGCCCGGGGCGGCCGUCGACGGGAAACCGACGCGAGUUCGCACCGUGCUCAACGAGAAACAGUUACACACACUCCGAACUUGUUACGCCGCUAAUCCAAGACCAGAUGCGUUGAUGAAAGAACAGCUCGUCGAGAUGACAGGCCUCAGUCCGAGGGUCAUCAGGGUGUGGUUCCAGAACAAACGGUGUAAAGACAAGAAGAAGACGAUGCAGUUGAAGAUGCAAAUGCAACAAGAGAAGGUGGAAGGCCGCCGCCUGGGCUACAUGUCCAUGGGCGUGCCGCUAGUGGCGGGGUCGCCGGUGCGGCACGAGGCGGGCUCGCUGGCGCUGGAGGUGACCGCCUACCAGCCGCCCUGGAAGGCGCUGUCGGACUUCGCGCUGCACGCCGACCUCGACCGCGCCCCGCAGCACACCGCGGCCUUCCAGCAGCUCGUCAAUCAGAUGCACGGUUACGACAUACCCUCGCUUCCACCGCCUCGACCAGCUCACGGUGGCGAAGACAACUACGUCACUUACCUCGAAAGUGACGACAGCCUGCCCCCCUCCCCCUAGUGCCGUCUCACCUAACCCCCCAUGUUCGAGGGAGACAGAUACAGACAUUUCUAACGUCUACCAAGUAAAUACAGCUAUAAUCAGCGAAUACAAUGCUGUCU